GCGGGGGGCGCCGGGAAGGCGGCGGCGCGCGCGGCGUCUCGGGAGCGCGGCAGGCGCGCGGCCGCGUGGGGCUGGGAGGGGGCUCGUCACGACACGUGGUCGGUGUCGGCGACAGCGGCGACAGCAGCGGCGAUGGCGCAGCUCACGGCGCGGUUCCGCACCGAAAACCGCAGGUUCGCCGUGGAGGAUGUGCCCUUCUCGGUGCCCGCGGCCUCCGAGACCACCGACCUCAGCCAGCUCAUCAACAAGCUGCUGGCGGCAGCGCACGAGGAUCACAAAUAUGUGGAAUUUGAUUUCCUUAUCAAUGGCCAGUUCUUGCGAGUGCCGCUGGUCACACACAUGGAAAUGGAAAAUAUCUCCACAGAAGAAGUGGUGGAAAUAGAGUAUGUGGAGAAAUAUAUGGCCCCUCAGCCAGAAGAAUGCAUCUUCCACGAUGACUGGAUCAGUUCUGUUCAAGGCACUGAAGAAUGGAUAUUAACUGGCUGCUACGAUCAGACUGCUCGAGUCUGGUCUUUGGAAGGAAAAUCCAUCAUGACAAUAGCUGGGCAUACAGAAGUAGUGAAGGAUGUGGCCUGGGUGAAACAAGACAGUUUAUCGUGCCUGUUACUCAGUGCUUCUAUGGACCAAACUGUCCUGCUGUGGGAGUGGAACGUGGAGAAGAACAAAGUGAAAGCCCUCCACUGCUGCAGGGGACAUGCUGGGAGUGUAGACUCCAUAGCUGUGGAUUGUACGAAAACCAAAUUCUGCAGUGGAUCCUGGGAUAAGAUGUUAAAGAUCUGGUCUGCAGUACCUACAGAUGAAGAGGAUGAAAUGGAAGAAGCAGCAAACAGACCACGGAAGAAGCAGAAAACUGAACAGUUGGGACUAACGAGGACUCCCCUGGCAACCUUCUCUGGCCACACAGAAGCUGUCUCCUCUGUGCUGUGGUCAGAUGCUGAAGAAAUUUGCAGCGCAUCGUGGGACCACACCAUUAAAAUCUGGGAUGCUGAGACUGGAGAUCUCAAAUCUACUUUGACAGGAAACAAAGUGUUUAAUUCUCUCUCCUUCUCACCACUGUGUCGACGGCUGGCAUCAGGCAGCACUGACAGACAUAUAAGGCUAUGGGAUCCUCGCAGCAAAGAUGGCUCCUUGGUUCUGCUGUCUCUGACUUCUCACACAGGCUGGGUGACAUGUGUGAAGUGGUCACCUACCCAUGAGCAUCAGCUGAUCUCUGGUUCUCUGGACAACAUUGUGAAGCUUUGGGACACGAGGAGUUGCAAAGCUCCUCUGUAUGACUUGGCUGCUCAUGAAGACAAAGUUUUGUGUGUGGACUGGACAGAAGCAGGGUUGUUAUUGAGUGGAGGUGCAGACAACAAACUGUAUUGCUACAAAUACCCAGCUACAGCCACUGAUGUUGGGGCAUGAAGGUCAACAGCCAGAAGAGUUUUUUUAAAAAAAAAAAAGGAAUUUUGCAGCAGUUGCUCUCUGUUAACGUCCCUACACAAUCAACAUCUGAAGAAUUGACGAGUUUGUUGCUCAGAGAGCUGUUCCUGGUUUUAUAUUGGUAACCUAUACCCAUAUUUGUCACAGAAAAAUAGCAAAAAACAAAUAGGAUUCAUGUGAAGCAAAGCAAAGGGAACUUCCUCCCUUUUUGAUAGCUUUGAAUUACCAUCUUUUAAAUGACUAUUUGUAUAGCCCUUUUAAUAAGAAGUAAAUUGUUGCCGAUACUUACAGAAAAACUACUCACCGACUAAAUUAUUUUUUGAGUUUACCUGUUUUCCCCUGAAAAAAAAAAAUAAAAGAUCUUAUCAACAGUUCAUUGGUUUAGUGCAUCAUUUCAGAAGAAAAUCAGAUUUCAGCUUUCCUCUCAACAGGGCUGUUGGCAGUUCUUACAAAUAAGUCCUUAAUUGAUAAACGCAGGGGUUUUUUUUAGGAUGAAGAUUUGGUAUGUUUGCAGUGCAAGGGGCCUGAUAAAAAGGAACUUGACAGAUUUACUGGCAGAUGAAAUAUUCCAAUUUGUUGGAGCUCAUAUAUAUGGGCUGUAGAUGUCUCUGUAAAUGUGCCUGCCUUGUGCCACAGUACAUGUUGUGUUGCAGUACAGCUAAUGCAGUAUCUUGCUUCUAGAAAGCAACAGAUGUAUUGAAACAAGUGGAGAAUCACACAGAGAAGGCAGAAGAAUAAGUGAUUUGUUCCUAGAGAGUGGAUACAAGAAGCUGCAAUAGCUUUUAGGUUGAUAGAGAGUAAGUACUAUCCAAACAUGCUCAGUUUCUCUGCUGGUAGUUUUGCUUUUGGUUCAGCAUUAAAAUGAAAAAGCUAUUCCGGCAGCUUGUUAGAUGCCAUGUGUGUGAUGUUAAACCAGCACAUAGUUCAGCAGUGUGGAAACCAAACUUGAAUAGCCUCACUAAUGUCUUGCCUUUCAAUAAAUAUAAGACCUGUACAGAACAGCUAAGUCAAAUGUUUUAAUUGCAAGAUAAUUUUCUUUGAAGAGUGACAGCUCUGACCUUCAGGUUUAUAAGAUAGACAAGUUCUGAGUAAGGAGUUUUAAGAAAUACCAGAACAGCAAAACUGUAGUGAAAAUGGCAAGGGUGCAGGGGAAGAUCUCUGAUCCCUUUGGUCUGCAAGUGAAGUACUGCAAUUAACAGAAUAUUAACAAAUGCUGCUUACAAGGAA